AUGGCAGAGGAAGGAGAUCAUAGAAACUACUCUAGUACUACUAGUUCUAAUGAAUGUUCACCGACUGUAGGCACUGACACACCAGUAAUGGCAACUCCUCUGAGGAAAGUGUGUGACAGAAUUCUGGGUUUUGCCAGUUCUUGCAGAAGGAAUACAGCUCCUUAUGGUAGAAGAAUUUUUCACAGAGAUGUUGAACGAGAAGAGUUCCAGUACGGAAACACUCACUGCCUCUCCUCUUACUACAGUGUUUUUGUAGUUCGCCUGGCUAUCAUGGUUAUGCUCGCAAUUUUGAUCGGUCUGCUAACAAUACUAACAUGGCAUUUCACAAGAAGCUAUACAAAGAAGUCAUUAGAUACCUUAGCUUCUGGCCUUCGAUAUGAACUUCUGCAACGCCCGAUAUUAAGAAUGUGGAACGUUUUGAAUUCCACAGCUGAAAUAACUGCAGCCCAGGUUAAGCUAUCAGAGUAUGUGAUCAGACGGUACAGCAAGCCAACCAAUCAAGCAGAACAAGUGGAGCUGUAUGAAGUGAUGAGGGACGUAACAUGGGCGCUGUUUGCGAGUCGUAAAGCUCUCAAUGCAAUUACCAUAAACUAUAGAAAUGGUUUUGUCCAGGCUUUCCAUCGGGAUCAUAGGAGUAACAACACUUUCUACAUCUACUCCGAUCUUGUGAACUACUCAAUCAACGCCAAAGGGCCUUACGAUACAAAUAUGUUCUCGUCGCAUCAAGCAUGGAAUGAUCAAUCCAUCCACGGUAACUUCUCUGCAAUUUGGUAUCGUGAACCACUCGAUCCUAACUCAGGUGAAAAGAUAGGAAAAGCAAGGCCAAUUCCACCAGAUGAUCUUAUCAAUAUUGCUGGCCUUUCGCAAGUACCUGAUGGGGUGGCUUCAUGGCAUGUGGCAGUAAGCAAGUAUACAGAUUCACCACUGCUUUCAGCGGCUUUGCCGGUGUGGGAUGCUUCCAAUAAAAGCAUCGUGGCCGUUGUAGGUGUUACUACUGCUCUCUACAGCGUUGGUCAAUUGAUGAGAGAGCUUGUUGAAGUCCACAGUGGAUACAUAUAUCUGACCUCUCAAGAGGGUUAUUUACUGGCUACUUCCACAAAUGCUCCUCUUUUAACAAAUUCAACAACAAGGCCCAAUCUUAUAAUGGCUGUCGAUACUGAGGAACCCACAAUAAGAAUGGGAGCUCAAUGGUUGGAGAGAGUCUAUGGAAACAGGUUUCAUCCAGGUCAUGUUGUUCAUGUGGAGAGUGCAAAACUUGGCAAGCAGCAAUAUUACAUCGACUCCUUUUUUCUAAAUCUUAAGAGGCUUCCUAUAGUGGGGGUGAUCAUCAUUCCAAGAAGAUAUAUAAUGGGGAAGGUAGAUGAGAGAGCAUUCAAAACAUUGGUUAUACUCAUUUCUGCAUCUCUAUGUAUCCUAUUCAUUGGAUGCGUCUGCAUUUUGAUUCUCACAAAUGGAGUAUCAAAGGAGAUGAAACUAAGAGCAGAACUGAUAAGCCAUCUUGAUGCAAGGAGAAGGGCAGAGGCAUCAAACAACUACAAAAGCCAGUUUCUGGCAAACAUGAGUCACGAAUUGAGGACUCCUAUGGCUGCAGUGAUUGGGCUGCUGGACAUUCUUAUCUGUGAUGAUUGUCUCACAAAUGAGCAAUACGCAACUGUUACGCAGAUCAGAAAAUGCUCCACGGCUCUACUCCGGCUUCUUAACAACAUUUUGGAUCUGAGCAAGGUUGAAUCUGGAAAACUGGUUUUGGAAGAUGCUGAGUUUGACUUGGGGAGAGAACUUGAAGGACUUAUUGACAUGUUCUCUGUUCAGUGCAUUAACCACAACGUUGAGGCUGUUUUGGAUCUGUCUGAAGAUAUGCCGAAACUAGUUCGAGGAGACUCUGCCAGAGUUGUUCAAAUAUUUGCAAAUCUGAUAAGCAAUUCUAUAAAGUUUACGACAACGGGUCACAUUAUUCUGCGUGGCUGGUGUGAGAACCCGAAUACCUAUAAUGAAACGACAGAGUUUCAUCUUGAUCAGAAGAAAAUGCGCUGUGCACUUAAGCCAAAACUUAGGCAACAAGGGAAUCAUAUGAAGAAGGCCUGUAAAAAGGAAAACAAAAUGAUUCUUUGGUUUGAAAUUGAUGACACAGGCUGUGGAAUUGAUCCAAGCAAAUGGGAGUCUGUAUUUGAAAGCUUUGAACAAGCUGAUCCAUCAACAACUAGAUUGCAUGGUGGCACUGGUCUUGGACUAUGCAUAGUUAGAACUUUGGUUAACAAGAUGGGUGGAGAAAUAAAGGUUCUGAAGAAGAAUGGACCUGGAACUCUAAUGCGAUUAUACUUGCUUCUCAAUACACCUGUAGAUGGUGCAGACCUACAUUGCCAAGUAGAUUUUGCUCGUCACAAUGCCGUGGUACUGUUGGCACUAUAUGGCAGCAUGGGCAGAAUUAUUAUGUCCCAGUGGUUGAGUAAAAUUGGAUUGACCACUUUAGGGGUUUCUGAGUGGAAUGAACUGACACAAGUUCUUUGGAAACUCUUUCGCGCCAGAAGGCGCGAGAAUGGCUUUGAUGUUCAGUGUUCUUUGAACGAAACAUUAAAAUCUGAAGUGCUCAACAUUGAGGAUAUGAAGGACCCUAUAUUCAUCAUAGUUGUUGACAUAGGAUUGCUUGACUUGAGCACAGAUAUAUGGAAGGAACAGAUUAACUUACUUGAUAAAUUCUCUGGAAAAGCCAAGUUUGCAUGGAUGCUCAAUCAUGAUACUUCAAACGCAAUAAAGAUGGAGCUUCGCAAGAAGGGGCAUUUACUGAUGGUUAAUAAACCGCUUUACAAGGGGAAAAUGAUUCACAUUUUGGAAACCAUCAUAAAGGAGAGAGAUCUUGAGCAUCAAAAGAAAAGUCCGAAUGCUGCAAGAGCUACGACAAAAGGCGGUGACAUGCAUGAAUGUCUUGAGAUUGAUUCCACCCAUUUUGACACUGUCAGCUCUGAAGAAUCUGAUACGGCUGAAACAGGUGAUUCCAAUUCUCCAAGCACAUUUCAUCUCAGAGAAAAUCAAGAAGAAAGAGAAACGAUCACAAAUCAAUCACCAUGCCAAACAUUUAAGAAGUGCUUAGUUGAAUUGACUGAUGUUGAUGCAGAAUCAAGAGAAGAUCCAUGUCAAAUUAGGCCCAAUUUGCCAAGCACCCAAUAUGGAAAAGAUAUACUAGUCUGCAACAAGCAAGCACCCUUUUCAACUGCAACUCAAAAUAAAAGUUCUAAACACGAAGAACGAAAUUCAGAAAGCAGUAGUCAUAAAGAACAAGGCAAUUCGUAUUCAAGCAAAGCAGGGAAUCAACAGAAGGCUCUUGACAACUUACGGAUUCUGCUUGCGGAAGAUACACCUGUUCUUCAGAGAGUUGCAACCAUCAUGCUAGAAAAAAUGGGGGCUAAAGUUAUUGCUGUGGGAGACGGACUACAAGCAGUUGAAGCUCUGAAUUGCAGUUUGAGUGAAAAAGAUUGUAGAAGGGAAUCCCCUAGAGACGAUGAAAAUACAGCUUUACAAACUGAUAUUCAGGAAUCCCCACCAUAUGACUUGAUCCUAAUGGACUGUCAGAUGCCGAAGAUGGAUGGUUAUGAAGCAACAAAAGCAAUCAGGAAAUCAGAAGCUGGAACUGGCUUGCACAUUCCUAUUGUUGCAUUGACUGCCCACGCAAUGUCGUCAGAUGAAGCUAAAUGCUUGGAGGUUGGCAUGGAUGCUUAUCUAACAAAGCCAAUUGACUACAAGUUGAUGGUGAAAGCUAGAGAUGUUGUAAAUGGUAUGACUAAUGAAAAUGUUGUUGAUGUCGUGAGUUAUGAGAGGAAUGUAGUCGAUGAUGAGGGCAAUAGAGAGAGCUUAGGGAUUGCCAUGAGUAAAGAUAUAAGCGAGUGA